UAUUUGCUGUGACAAGUUAUUGCUUAAAUGAAAAAACAAAAAAUUACAAGUUGAUCUGCAUUCCAUUGAAAAGAUCAUUGAGUUAGAGCGAAUUGUUGGUCAAUUUAUUGCUGUUGAUGGUUGGUGUUGGUGUUGACUUGAUCGGUUUAUUAAUUCGCAGUUUGGUUAGAUCAUUCGUUUAUUACAUUGCAGUGGAAUUUUGUAAAUAAAUAUUUCAUAAUCUCAUAUUCUACGACCGGUUAAGACUACUCUACAACUAAUACAAUUGCUAAUUUUAUUUACUACAACUAGUGCUGUUGUUGGUCAAAUUUCAAAGUUUAUUUAUUUCAACGAUCGGUCUAAAGCUGCCUGCCUGCUUGGCCUUUUGAAUGCCGUUCGCUAAAAAAUACUUAAUAUUUUCCAUAAAAAUUUAUUAUUAAAAAAUUAAAAAAAAAUUAUUAAAAAAAAAUAAAACGAUCUUCAGCUUUAAAAGUACAAAACGUAGUUCAUGCGCUCAAAAACUUAAGCUGGUGUUGGACUUUGUUUUUCUUGUUAGUGUUGGUGGUUUGACUUGGAAGUACUGGAUAUUUUGCGUCCCUGAGUGUGUGUUAGUUGGUAGUGGCUUUCGGGCGUAGUAUUAGUGAGUGUAACUUGUAACGGUGUGAUUGUCGUGAUCUCGUCUUUUGUGGUUUGUGGAUUUGCUUUAAAGUGGUAUUGCGGUGAUUACUCGUCGUCGUUAACGGAUGCAGUAGUUUGUUUCUUAGUUUUGUAUACAUUAUAAACAUUUUUUAUUCAUUUUAUAUAUUUCGUAUUUUUUUUUUUUAAUAAAAUCGGUUUUCGAUAUUUAAAAAGCUCAUCAUUUUGCCAUUUCUCGUUCGGCUGGCAAAGAAAUCGAAAGUGACUUGCCAAGCAAGCGCAACUCUACUCACCAGAGUCCAUAGCAAAAAAUAGUAAAAAAUAAUAACGUUUAACGCCGCGUAGUUAACGUUAAAGUGCAAAAAAAUAUAUAUAUUUAUAUUUUAAAAUAAAAAGAAAUAAAAUCGAUUUUAUAAAUUUAAAAGAUAAGAAAAAAAAAGAUUUUUGUUUUGUGUGAAAAUCGUAACGUAUGGCUUAUAAAUAAUAUUAUUUGAAAAACAUUUGACGUUAAUUAUUGGCAAUUGUUUAAAGUGAAAGUACAACAAAUUGAAUAACUUCCUUUGUAUACAACGAAUAGUAAUAAUAAAGAAAAAAAAGAGCAAAACAAAUAAAUAGAUAUUAACAAAAUGUUGUUUAAAAUAUUCCUCUGUUGCCUUGUGGCAAGUCUAACUUUAGCCGAAAACUCAAUUGAUUCUACUGUGAUACCCACCGAAGUUCGUGUUGAAUCUUCAGUAUCGUUUGAAACAUCUCACAAGCGUCCCGAAGCCUUGGGCGAUGAUGCUUUCCAAACAUCACACAAAAUUAAUCACUAUGAUGUGGAGAACAUGAAUCUCUUGCCCACCAAAGAGAAACCCGAACUUAAUCCCAUUCUAAGUGCUCUCAUCAAUGAGGAUGUUAUGAAGAGUAUAGAAGCCAAACGUGCCAUUGAAGAGGCUGAAUUGGAAAUCAUUAAAGCUGAGGUAGAUGCUGCCGUCAAAGCAGAAGAAAAGAAAAUUGAAGAAGCUAAAGAAGCUGCCGCCGAAGCCAAAGAAAAUGAAGAAGGAGAUGAUGCCACAGAAGGAACAGUUAAUGUUCUAACAACAGCAGCUCCCAUGAAGAAGGCUGAAUUGGAAAAGGACGAUGAUAUGAAUGUAGGUUUUGUCGAUCAAGCUAUUGCUUUGGAAACCGCCGGUACCGAGAACAAUAAGAAGUCACGUAUUGAAAUUAAAAAGGGUCCCAAUGGCCAGGAUUAUGAAUACGAAUAUGUCUACUAUUAUGAAGAUGAAGAAGAAGAUGCCAAACCCAAAGGAGCUGCUGCUGAAGAUGGUGAAGAAGCCGAAACUAGAGGCAAGUCACGUUACACCAACAUUGAACGCAGUACUGCUGCUACACCAGCCGAUAACAGUUUAGUCAGUGGCAAAGCCAAGGGCCGUUCCUCCAAUGUUGAAGAAGAUAUUGAAGCCGAACGUUUACCCCAAAAUACUCGUUUCCCCAGCCGUGGUAAGACUGUAGAUGUUCCUCCUACUCCCGCCUUAGAUUCUGUCGAUUCUGCUGCCGAGAAAAAGAAAAUCAGUGUCAAGCGUCCCAGUUUGGAAUUGGUAGAUAGUGAAACUUUCAACACUGACGAAAAACAAGCCAAGAGCUCCCGCAAUUCUGAUGAUACCAAGUCUGCCAUUACCAUUGAACAAGAAGCUGCUGCUGCCGCUAAAGAUGCCGAAGAAGCCGAGGCUGCUAAGGCUCAAGAAAAGGAAGAAGAUGCUGCCAUGGAUCCUGAUGAGGAUGUAGAACAAACUACACCUGCUAUGGAAAAGGCUGCUUUGGAUUUGUAUGCUCUCUUGACCAAUGAAAACAACAACAUGGACAUGACCACUGAUUCAGAUAUGGAUUUCACUACCAUUGUACCCGAUACCACCGAUAUGUAUGGCGAUGAUCUUUUGACCACCAUUGUCGAUGAAGAACCCAGCAGUACUACCACCACUACCACUACUACAACCACUCCAGAACCAACCACUACUACUACCACCACUACAACUACCACCACCACAACACCAGCUCCUUCCUUGUUUGGUGGCAGACGUGGUGCCAGCAGCUCAAAUGGUCGCAACCGCUUCAAGCUUAAGUCUAGUAACAGUCCCUCAACCACCACUACCGAAGCACCUUCAGAAGCUCCCAAAACUGGCAAGAACCGUUUCUCUCGUCCUUCCAUUGGUGGCCGUAACCGUCCUGGUGCCAGAACUACUGCUGCCCCCGCUGCCGCAGCCGAAGAACCUCAACAAGAGGAAGAAGUUGCCGUUAAGGAAGUUAAACCCGUUAGUUCAGGCUUUUCACGCAACAGACCACGCAACCGUUUCAAUCUCCGUGGCAGUACCACCACUACUGAAGCUCCAGCCCAAGACUCUAACGAUAACCAAGAAGAAGCCGUUUCAAGCACUACCGCUCGUUCUCUUAGAGGAGGACGUCCAACACUUGGCCGUCGUGGCAGUCGCACUACUACCACCAAAGCUCCAGCUAACGAAGAAGAAGUAAAUGAUAGUGAUAACAGCGUAGAUGACAAACCCUCCACACCAGCUCCCAGCCACAGUGGUCCCGUCAGACCUUCCCGUUUCAAUCUAAACCGUGCUGGUGCCGGUCGUUUGCCAGGCCGUGCCAAACUCGGUCGUGCCACUACAGAAGCACCAGCUGCCGCCGAGUCUGAAGACUCAGCUGCCGAUAGCUCACAUCACAAUGAUGUUAAGGGAGAAGGUGAAGAAGCGGCUGAAAAACCAGCUGAAGAACCAGCAUCCGCCAAUGUUGGUGGCUUGAACCGCUUGAAGAAUCGUCCACGUUUAGGUGGUAUACAUAAGACUGAUAACAAACCAAAAGUAGCUCCUGCGCCAGUAGCCCCACGCAAAGUUAAUCCUCUGCUUGCCAACAGACGUCUCAAAGUAGGAUCUUCAACAACAGAAGCUGCUCCCGUUGAAGAAGCUCCAUCCGCUUCCGGAGAAGAAUCCGAUUCCAAGGAAGAAGCUUCUGCCACAGCUCAGGAUGAAGCUAAGGAUGAGACAACAGAAGAAACAGAAACCACCACCAAACAAGCACGUGGUUUAGGACUUUUAGGUCAAAGAAGGCGAUUGCCCUUAAGAAAACCAGGAACAUUAUUGUAAAAAAUUUAAUUCUUUACACUCCUCCUUUGCCCUUUUCUGCCUCCUACUUGAGUACUCAAAAGCAAUUUAAUGCUCAUAAAUGUAUCUUUAAUACUCAUAAAAGAUAAACAAAUAACUCUCUUCUAUUUAGUAAUAAAUACUUUAUAUGCCCUCUUUUAUCCUUGUAUUUGUAUGUAAAUUAAUUAUUUUUAUGUUUUUCGUUUUUUUAUUAUUAUUUUGUUUAUACUUUUCUUGAAUAUUUUGAUUUUUUGAAUUUUAUGUUAUUCCGGUAGUCUGUAGUUUCUUUUGCAACCAACCACAAGUGAAUGAAAGUGGUUUCAAUGUAAGAACAAGAAAAAAAACACUUAGGUAAACCCAAAAAACACAAAAAACUUAUAUGUAUGUAUGAAAUUAGAUUUUCUUCUAUGUAUUUUCUCUUUUUUUAUUUUUAAAUAUAAAUGUUUUGAUUUAAAAUAUAAUUAAACAAAAAUUUACUUGUAAGUUUCUUAAAUUAGGUACGAAAUACAAACAAACGAAAUCCUUAUGUAAAAAUUUUGCGAUAUAAAUGUAAUAUUCUUUUUUUGUUAUAAAAGAUACUUUUGAUAAUUAAACAAUAAAAAUAUGUAUAAAAAUUUAUAAAAUAAAA